AUGGCCCCGGCUCAAGUCGUACGAUGGGUUAAGCAAUCGUAUCCCAAGCCUGUAGUAAAUACGGAGUGGCUUGAUUCCUGCUGCGAAUGGAUCGCAACCGAGAUGAAUCUGAACCCAAACACGCAAACCGAAGCAUUCCUCACAGAAGUGGAGAACCAACUCCUCGAAUCCGACUUGCGGGAUUCGAUGGAACCUAAUACUGGACUGCCUCGUAAUGCGUCAUCAAUGAAAAACACACGAAUUAGAGGGAGUUCAAUACUCGUUGAAGUCACUUCCAUUAUGGAAAUUGGGCAUAGCGCGUUCAACUUGUUUAAUGUGAGGCAGGCGAAGCUUGAACGCGCUGAUCUUGCUGGACUUGCGAAUAAUGAGGAGGGAGCAGAAAAUGAAGGCCAGGGUGGAGAUGGAGGUGGGGGUGAUGAGGGACCUAUACCGAGUUAUCCGAGGUCCAUGCUGAGGCUCGAGGUUUCAGACGGCAGCGUAACAAUGCCGGCCAUUGAGUAUAGGUCAAUUCCCCAGCUGAAACUGGAGGAAACUUCAUUAGGAUUCAAGGUUGGGAAUAGUCUUUACUAUUGUAAUAUUGCUGUUGAUUUCUAA